ACUUUGGGUUAUAAUUUUUCAUACCAUACAUACAUAUAUAUAUAUAUAUAUAUAUUGUGAUCUUUAUAACACCUUCAAAGUUCUUGCCAUGGAGGAAGCCAUUUCUUUGAUCCUUCGUGGGUGUUCUUUGGCAAGGCAAUUAGAAUUCAAUGUUUUAAAUUUGGGAAAUACUAAUAUUAAUAUUCCUGAUCAACCCCAUUUCAUGGCUCGAACUUGUGAUGAGAUUUUGGGUGUUUUUUCCGCCGCCAAGGACCGGCUGAGCAGUCAAGAACGGCCGCCUUUCACGGCGGUGCAACGGGAGGUGGGGUUGGACGAGUGGCUGAGAUCUACUUGUUCCCAAGCUAUGGAGUUGGCGCAAAUGCAGAUGAAACCACCGGCACCACCGUCUACGGUGGUAGCGGUGCCUGCCUCCGUGGAGGAUUCCGGGAAGCUUAUGGCAAUGGGUUUUUCUUCUUCUUCCUCUUCGUCGACGAAAGCACGAAGACGAAAGGAUGAUACAGAGAAGAGAACGGUGAGGGUGGCGGCGCCGCGCAUCGGAAACACAGAGCUGCCGCCGGACGACGGCUUCACAUGGCGGAAAUAUGGACAGAAGGAGAUUCUUGGCUCUAGGUUUCCCAGAGGCUAUUUCCGAUGCACCCACCAGAAGCUCUACCACUGCCCAGCCAAAAAGCACGUGCAACGUCUCGACGAACGAUCCCACACGUUCGAAGUCACCUACCGCGGCGACCACACGUGCCACAUGUCCGCCACCGCUCCCUCCGCUCUGCCACCGCCGUCAGUCGCCGGCGGCCAACAUACAUCCCAGUUCCGCCCCACCUCUGCCGGCUGGCUUUCAAUGGAGGUCGUCAGUUCCGGGUCGGCCUCCGGCGGUCCGGCGACCGUACGGUACGGGAAAGACGUGGCCGAUCAGUUUCCGGUGUUAGACAUGGCUGACGUCAUGUUCAACUCCGGCACCAACAGUAGUAAUAGUAUGGACUCUAUAUUCGCCGCUUACGUGGUAGACGAUGACCAUCACAAGUGGGAGAAAGACGACAAGAAGAAUUAGUAAAAUUAUUUUUAUUAACUUUCAUUUUUAUUCAAUUUGCAAUUUUUGGUUCCUAAACAUUAGGAUAUUUGUCUAUUUAGUGCUGUACUUUUAUAAAAGUUUUUUAUGAGGUCCAUAAUUAUACUAUACACAUG